AUGGCGAGUGUGCCGGAGAUAAAGAUAAUGAGGAGCGAGAGCUUAGGGCAUCGAAGUGACGUGUCGAGCCCAGAAGCUAAGCUAGGGAUGCGUGUGGAAGAUCUCUGGGACGAGCAGAAGCCACAGCUCAGCCCUAAAGAGAAGCUCAACGCCUGCUUCGAGAGCAUCCCCGUCUCUGCUUUCCCUCUCUCCUCUGAUUCUCAAGGUAUCAAGAUUGUCUCCGAGUUUGAUGAUCUGGAUGGACAGAUGUUGAUUGAUCUAUGGAAGUUAGAGCCUCCAUCUCCAAGGAGCCCUGCUGUUGCAGGUUCAAAUGGAUUUUCUCAUGAUUUCAACUCCGAUGUCCUGGAUAACGGAGAUUCAGCAGUAACUUCUGGAAACUUCUUUGAGGUCCUUACUUCUUCAGAGUUAUACAAGAACACCAAGGUUCGAGAUAUCUCUGGAACAUUCCGAUGGGCACCGUUCCUGGCUCUGCAGAAAGAGAACUCAUUUUUAACAAUGCUGUUGCUUCUCUCCAAGUACAAAAUGAAGAGCAUCCCUGUGGUUGAUUUAGGUGAAGCAAAGAUCGAGAACAUCAUCACACAGUCAGGAGUUAUCCAUAUGCUUGCAGAAUGCGCAGGGCUUCACUGGUUCGAGGACUGGGGACUCAAAACUCUCUCUGAAGUCGGUCUUCCCAAUAUGUCAAAGGAUCAUAUCAUAAAGAUCUAUGAGGAUGAACCGGUUCUUCAGGCGUUCAAGCUGAUGAGGAGAAAGAGAAUCGGAGGCAUACCCGUCGUUGAAAGGAAAAGUGAGAAGCCAGUAGGCAACAUAAGCAUUAGAGAUGUUCACUUUCUCCUCACUGCACCAGAGAUCUACCAUGACUACAGAGACAUCAUCGCGAGACUCGUCCAUGAGCCAUCUGGCUAUUUUGGGGACUUCUUUGACGGUGUUAUGCCUCUUCCCGAAAACUACCGAGUCUAA